AAAUAAUUGAGCUUAUCAAAAAGGAGCCUUUCGAUGAGGAACCCUUCAGACCGGACUUAGAAAUUCUAAAUGAUUCCGAAUUAGGCUGUGAUGAGUACAUUUUACAAUGUAUCAAAGAUUGUUGGUCAGAAAAUCCUGACAACAGACCCGACUUCUCUGUUAUAAGAACCAGAUUGAAGAGGAUGAAAGAUGGAAAAAAUAAGAAUAUUAUGGACCAAAUGAUGGAUAUGAUGGUUACCUAUGCUAAUCAUUUAGAAGAACUCGUCAAUGAAAGAACCAGGUUGCUAUAUGAAGAAAAAAUGAAAACAGAAGAUUUGUUACAUAGAAUGUUGCCAAAACCUGUUGCGGAGAGGUUAACCCUGGGCCUUGGUGUUGAACCAGAAUCAUUUGACUUAGUAACCAUAUAUUUCAGUGACAUUGUAGGUUUUACUGCGAUGUCUGCAGAAAGUACUCCAUUACAAGUAGUUAAUUUUCUAAAUGAUCUCUAUACAGUAUUCGAUGGCAUUAUAAAGGGUUACAAUGUAUACAAAGUUGAAACAAUUGGAGAUGCAUACAUGGUGGUAUCAGGAUUACCAAUUAGAAAUGGUGAUAAGCACGCUGGAGAAAUCGCUUCUAUGGCCUUAGACUUAUUAUGUGCUGUGAAAAACUAUUCAAUAGCUCAUAGACCAAAUGAUUCAUUGAAAUUGAGAAUAGGAAUCCACACAGGUCCUGUAGUAGCGGGAGUGGUAGGCCUAACAAUGCCACGUUAUUGUCUUUUUGGAGACACUGUCAAUACAGCUUCCAGAAUGGAAAACAAUGGGGAACCCCUUAAAAUUCACAUCAGUGCUCAAUGCAAGGAUGCACUAGAUAAACUAGGUGGCUAUAUUAUAGAAGAAAGAGGUAUUGUUUCCAUGAAGGGCAAAGGGAAUGUAAGAACUUACUGGCUAACAGGGGCAACAGAACAUGCAGUACAGAGUAGAGAAGUAGAUCUGGCAAAACUUCCCCACUUAUUUUCUUUUCCUGGAAGGAGCCCUAAGUUGAAUUCCGAAUCGAGACAACCAUCUGUUUGUGGUGGUUUUGGGGGAAUACAUAGUAGAAGACAUUCAAGUGUACCAAGAG